AUGGAUCAAGAGCUAAGAGGGGUUGUUCUAGGUUCCCCAUCCUUGGAAAAAGCAUCAGUGAUUAACAGUAUUUUAGGUGAUGAAGUUGAGUCUGGCAGAUUCUUUAUACAGUCUGUUAAGCGAGAGAUUGAAGUGAAUGGGAGAAAGAUCACUCUGAUUAACACAACCUGCUGGUGGAAGGAGUACAGUUUGAAGGAUUUGCCAGAAGUUGUCAGACAGGAACUGGUGUGCAAUGUCUUCCUGUGUCCACCAGGACCUCAUGUUUUUCUGCUGGUCAUUGAUCUCAGUUUACAUUUUACCCAAGAGCACAGAAUCAGUAUUGAGGAACAUUUUGGUCUUUUUGGAGAGAGAAUCUGGUCAUAUGUCAUAGUGCUCUUUACACGAACAGUUUCACUGAAAGAUGAAUCCAUUGAGCAGCACAUACAGCGUCAAGGAGAAGAUCUGCAACAGAUCAUCCAGAGAUGUGGAGACAGAUACCACAUAUUUGAUAUUGUAAAUAAAGGUAAUGGAGUUGAAGAACUGCUUGUCAGGAUUGAUAGUGUUGUGACUGUAAACAAUGGCAAACACUUUGAAACUGAUGAUGAAAAACUACUUGAGAUGAAGAAAAAGAGAGAAGACAUCAGAGAGACAGCAAAAGCCAGACAAACAAUGGUGCAGGAAAAAAAAUGA